AGAAGGCCCUCAUUCUGAGUGAGCUUCAUUGUGAAUCAAGUUUGCAGGAAAAGAGUCUCCUGAACAUUGAGUUAGAGGCGAGAUAUUGUCGCGUCAAACCGCCUUUUCAAACACAUAGACCUGCUUUUGGAAGAGUCGCUGGUCGGGAGAGGACUACGGAACCAUAGCAAGCAUGAUAACCUCAGCAGCUGGAAUUAUCUCUCUCUUGGAUGAGGAAGAGCCUCAACUCAAGGAGUUUGCCCUGCACAAGCUGGAUGCUGUGGUCAAUGAUUUCUGGGCUGAGAUUUCAGAGUCUGUUGAUAAAAUCGAGGUUCUGUAUGAAGAUGAGACCUUCCGGAGCCGGGAGUUUGCUGCUCUGGUGGCCUCCAAAGUGUUCUAUCAUCUUGGUGCAUUCGAGGAAUCCCUGAAUUAUGCGCUGGGUGCGGGGGAUCUGUUCAACGUCUCAGACGACUCUGAAUAUGUGGAGACGAUAAUCUCAAAGUGCAUCGAUCACUACACAAAGCAGCGGGUUGAAAACAUAGAGGUUCCAGAGAGCGAGAGGAAAAGCAUCGACCCGCGUCUGGAGGGCAUUGUUAACAAGAUGUUCCUGCGCUGCCUGGGAGAUCACAAGUACAAGCAGGCCAUCGGCAUCGCUCUUGAGACACGCAGGCUCGACAUCUUUGAGAGGACCAUCCUCGAGUCUACCGAUGUUGGAGGCAUGCUGGCCUACAGCCUGAAGGUUUGCAUGUCUUUGAUGCAGAACAAACAGUUUCGCAACGAGGUGCUCAGAGUGCUGGUCAAGCUCUACAUGAACCUGGAGAAGCCAGACUUCAUCAAUGUUUGCCAGUGCCUGAUAUUCCUGGACGACCCUCAAGCGGUGAGUGAUAUCCUGGAGAAGCUUGUGAAGGAGGAUAACCUGCUGAUGGCCUAUCAGAUCUGCUUCGACCUGUAUGAGAGUGCCAGCCAGCAGUUCCUAUCCUCUGUUAUCCAGAACCUGCGCACUGUCGGCACGCCCAUCCCAACCGUGCCCGGCUCCACCAACACCGGCACUGUGCCCACUGCAGACAAGGACAGUGAUGCCAUGGAAACAGAUGAUAAGACUGGCAGCUCGCCAGCAGGAAAGCCAGCAGAAUCGAAGGAAGAGCCCAAAGACCAGAACUCAAAGAUGAUUAAAAUAUUAAGUGGAGAAAUGGCCAUUGAACUCCAACUCCAGUUCCUGAUCAGAAACAACCACACAGACUUGAUGAUUCUAAAAAACACAAAGGAUGCAGUACGGAAUUCUGUGUGCCACACCGCAACUGUUAUAGCCAACUCCUUCAUGCAUACUGGAACAACAAGCGACCAGUUUCUCAGAGAGAACUUGGAGUGGUUGGCCAGAGCCACAAACUGGGCAAAAUUCACCGCUACUGCCAGUCUAGGAGUUAUUCAUAAGGGCCAUGAGAAGGAGGCGCUGCAGUUAAUGGCUACAUACCUGCCCAAGGACACAUCACCUGGCUCAGCCUAUCAGGAGGGAGGAGGCCUGUAUGCUCUGGGGUUGAUCCACGCCAACCACGGUGGUGACAUCAUUGACUACCUGCUCAGCCAGCUGAAGAACGCCAGCAACGAUAUUGUGCGUCACGGAGGCUGCCUGGGUCUGGGGCUGGCUGCCCUGGGAACUGCCCGACAGGAUGUGUACGACCUGCUCAAGUCCAACCUCUACCAAGAUGAUGCUGUUACAGGGGAGGCAGCAGGACUGGCUCUGGGGCUGGUGAUGCUGGGCUCCAAAUCUGCCCAGGCCAUUGAGGACAUGGUGGGGUACGCCCAGGAGACGCAGCACGAGAAGAUCCUCCGCGGGCUGGCAGUCGGCAUCGCCCUCGUUAUGUACGGCAGGAUGGAGGAGGCAGACACGCUCAUUGACAGCCUGUGCAGGGAUAAGGACCCCAUCCUCCGACGUUCUGGAAUGUACACGGUCGGCAUGGCAUACUGCGGCUCGGGGAACAACAAAGCCAUCCGACGCCUUCUCCAUGUAGCUGUGAGUGAUGUCAGCGAUGAUGUCAGAAGGGCAGCUGUGGAGUCAAUUGGGUUUAUUAUGUUCAGGACUCCCGAGCAGUGUCCCAGCGUAGUGUCCUUGCUGUCAGAGAGCUAUAACCCCCAUGUACGCUGUGGGGCAGCCAUGGCCCUUGGCAUCUGCUGUGCAGGAACAGGAAACAAGGAAGCAAUCAACCUCCUGGAGCCCAUGACCAAUGAUCCUGUCAACUAUGUCCGCCAGGGAGCUCUCAUUGCAUCCUCCCUCAUCAUGAUCCAGCAAACAGAGGUCACCUGCCCAAAGGUGAACCAGUUCCGACAGCUCUACUCCAAGGUCAUCAAUGACAAACACGAUGAUGUCAUGGCUAAAUUUGGGGCCAUCCUUGCACAGGGCAUCUUGGAUGCUGGGGGCCGCAAUGUGACGAUCUCUCUGCAGUCGAGGACGGGACACACACACAUGCCCUCGGUCGUGGGUAUUUUGGUCUUCACCCAGUUCUGGUUCUGGUUCCCUCUCUCCCACUUCCUGUCUCUCUCCUUCACUCCCACUGCCAUCAUUGGCCUCAACAAGGACCUGAAGAUGCCCAAGGUGCAGUACAGAUCAAACUGUAAGCCAUCCACUUUCGCAUACCCGCCAGCGCUGGAAGUGCCAAAAGAGAAAGAGAAGGAGAAGGUCUCCACGGCUGUUCUCUCUAUCACUGCCAAAGCCAAGAAGAAGGAGAAGGAGAAGAAAGAGAAAGAGGAGGAGAAAAUGGAAGUGGAAGAGACAGAGAAGGAAAAAGAAAAGGAGAAGGAAAAAGAGAAGGACAAAGAAAAGGAAAAAGAGAAGGAGAAAGAGGAGAAGGAGAAGAAAAAAGAGCCAGAGCCGACUUCCCAGCUUCUGGAGAACCCUGCCAGAGUCAUGCCUGCCCAGCUUAAAGUGCUGACCAUGCCAGACACAUGCCGCUACCAACCCUUCAAACCACUGCACAUCGGGGGGAUUAUCAUCAUGAAGGACACCAGCGAGGAGGACGAGGAGCUGGUAGAGUCAGUGGAUGCCCACGGCCCCAAGAUUGAGGAGGAAGAGCAGGAGCCUGAGGCCCCAGAGCCCUUUGAGUAUGUCGAUGAAUAAACAACACUCAGAUUCUAAGGUCAUGCAAUGAGAUCUCCGCUCUACAGCAGCUGCGAGGGAGCCCUGCAGAGAAACCCAGACACAGACGCAGCCUGCACAAACACCACUCUAGUAUUUUACACUGUCCUUCCUUUGUCUGGCCAGAGAGCUUCUCAUCAAAUGCGCGUUCGCGC